AAAGAGAGGCCCAGGGACGCACAGGACUAGAAGCGUGUCAGCAUAGGCGAGAGCCAGAGAAGAGCUUGCAGGUGAGAACAUGGCCGCAACGGCGUGCUCUACGGCGCUUCUGGGUGUAGCAGGAGCACGCCUCCCCGCCGGCGCGCCGCCAACCGUUCUUCUCCCACGGCGUAACUUCUCCCCUCUUCGCCUCCAAGGCGCGCACGAUGCACCGCGGCUCUCUCUGCUCCGGGCGAAGGCCGCCUCCGAUGACACCUCUGCCGCGAGCGGCGACGAGCUCGUCGACGACCUGAAAGCCAAGUGGGACGCCGUCGAGAACAAGUCCACCGUGCUGACGUACGCCGGCGGCGCCAUCGUCGCCGUAUGGUUCUCCUCCGUCAUCGUCGGCGCCGUCAACUCCCUGCCUCUGCUUCCCAAAAUCAUGGAGCUUGUUGGGCUCGGCUACACCGGAUGGUUCGUGUACCGCUACCUCCUCUUCAAGGAACGCAGGAAAGAGCUGGCCGACGACGUGGAGUCUUUGAAGAAGAGCAUUGCUGGUACAGAGGCAGAGUAAUAAAAGAAAAUAAUGUUGUAUGGAUUAUUAUUUUGUUGGACGAUUAUUCAGAGAACGCUUAUCCGAGGGUUUGCUUGUUUUUUUAACAAGACAAAAGACUUGCUAUUUCCAUUGAUUAACAAAGAAUGUUUAGACAAAAUCCGUCUAGUAAGAAAACAAAGAUUACUCUUGUGACAUUAUACAAUACUCAAGUGUGUAGUCCCAGCCAAGGGAUGGAAUCUA